AUGCAUCCAUCAAUAAGCUUAUUCCCGAAUACAGAGUUCUAUGGCAGACAAAUUUUUGAUGCACCAAAUGUUAAAGAAACAGGCUUUAGGAGACGGUUCCUCAAAGGAAACAUGUUUGGAUCCUGCUCUUUCAUAAAUAUAGCCUACGGAAAAGAGGAAUUUGGUGAGCAACAGAGUUUCAACAAUACAGUUGAGGCUGCUGUUGUUGCUGAUAUUGUUGGGAGCCUUUUCAAAGAAAUCAAUGGCACUAGGACGAAGACUAGCAUAGGUAUCAUAUCACCAUACCAGGCUCAAGUUCAUGCAAUUCAAGAGAAGAUUGGGAAGUUCAUUUCAGAUUCUGACAGUGCCCUUUCUGCAAGUGUUGGCACGGUUGAUGGUUUUCAGGGUGGCGAGGAGGAUUUGAUAAUUAUCUCUACUGUUCGAAGUGACGAAAGAGGAUUGGUGGGCUUUUUUUCGAAUCUUCAACGAGCAAAUGUGGCGCUGACUCGUGCAAGGUAUUGCCUUUGGAUAUUUGGAAAUCAAGCAACUUUAGUUAAGAGCAGCUCUAUUUGGAAGAAGAUUGUCAAUGAUGCCAAGGAACGGAAAUGCUUCUAUAAUGCUGAAGAGGAUGAGAGUUUGGAUCAGACUAUUACUGAUAGCUUGAUCGAGCUUGAUCAACUUGAUGUUUUAUCGAAAACUGACUCUCCAUUGUUCAGGAAUGCAAGAUGGAUGGCUUGUUUCAGUGAUGAUUUUCGGAGAUCGGUGGCAAGAGUUAGGAAUGUCAGAAUCCGUAAGGAAGUGCUUUCCCUAUUAGCGAAGCUUUCAAAUGGUUGGCGUCAGUCUCGCAAUAAGAGAAGCCUAAUUGUUCACAAUGGGAUUUCUUCCCCACUGUCAGAGCAGUAUAAAGUUAGUGGACAGCUAAAUAUCAUCUGGACUGUGGACAUUCUGCAGGAAAAUUCAUUCUACAUUCAAGUUUUGAAGGUUUGGGAUAUUUUACCAUCAUCUGAUGGAAAGUGGACUCCUAAGAGCUCAUCAGGGCAGCCAUCAAAAUCACUUGCAUCACUCUGUCUAAAGGAUGAAUCAAGCACAAAUGCUAAAAUUUCCAAGUUUGAUGGCCAAUAUCUCAAGUCAGAAAGGUGA